UUCCACCGAGAUAUCUCCACCGAGAUAUCUCUCUUCGUGAGGGAGACCCCAACAGUCUUCUCUCGGGGUAAGUACGGCCUCUGGCCUUUGUUUCUUUGGAGUGUGAUCACCUAGGGUAUAUUCAAGGAGCCAACGGCAGUUGAUACCGAACCUGGACCACCAAAAGAACCAUGGACUUGGGGAAAGGAAAAGUUCAACAUUCCUUCCUAGUCAUACCUGAGUGUCCUGCCCCCUUGAUGGGGAGAGAUCUCUUAACAAAGCUGUGAGCAAGAAUCACAUUCAACCCCAAAGGGCCAGAGGUUAAAUUUUUAAACCCAGUGGUGAGCCAGCCUGUAGUUACCGCCCUCAUCUUAUCAGCUGAAGAAGAAUAUCAGCUGUAUGUAGGGCCAGAGUGAUCUCAAGAACAUGUUCCCCAGGAAUGGCUCGAUGAAUUCCCUGACUCCUGGGCUGAAAUGGCGGGGCUAGGAUUGGCCAUAAACCAGCCCCCGGUGGUGGUUACCUUAAAGACCUCUGCUACUCCGAUUCGAGUCAGGCAAUAUUACAUGAGUAGGGAGGCACGAGAAGGGAUCAGACCCCAUAUACAAAAACUUCUUAAGUUGGGAGUGCUUAGGCUUUGCCAGUCGGCUUGGAACACCCCCCUGCUACCGGUCAAAAAGCCCUGGACCGAGGACUACCGACCGGUACAAGACCUGAGGGAAGUAAACAGUAGAGUACAAGAUAUACACCCUACUGUGCCAAACCCUUAUAACUUGCUUAGCACCCUCAACCCUGAAAGGACCUGGUAUACAGUACUUGAUCUAAAGGAUGCCUUUUUCUGCCUACCUCUGCACAAAGAUAGCCAGUCCUUGUUUGCUUUUGAAUGGACAGAUCCUAAAACAGGGUUCUCGGGCCAGCUAACAUGGACACGUUUACCACAGGGGUUCAAAAAUUCUCCCACCAUCUUUGAUGAAGCCCUCCACAAGGACUUAAGCUUCUUUAGGACCCAACACCCUGAAGUUACCCUGCUCCAAUAUGUAGAUGACCUACUAUUGGCAGCAAAUACUAAAGAGGACUGUAAAUUUGGAACUCGGGAGUUACUGAGAGAACUGGCUAAAUUAGGGUACCGAGCCUCAGCGAAGAAGGCCCAAAUUUGUAAGGAGGAAGUAACAUUCCUAGGAUAUACCCUUAAGGAUGGGAAGCCAGAAAAAAGACUAUAACCCAGAUUCCCCCGCCCACGAGUCAAAAGCAGCUACGUGAAUUUUUGGGGACCGCGGGGUUUUGCCGAUUAUGGAUCCCAGGAUUUGCGUCCCUUGCCUCCCCACUUUAUCCCCUGCUAAAAGGAGAUGCUGUCUUUCAGUGGGGACCGGGAACAACAAAAGGCCUUCGAUGAUAUAAAGAAGGCGCUCCUGUCUGCCCCAGCCCUAGCUCUCCCAAAUGUGGAAAAGCCAUUCACCCUGUACAUAGAAGAAAAAAAGGGCAUAGCUCGAGGGGUAUUAACUCAGGCUUUGGGACCCUGGAAGAGACCGGUGGCCUAUUUGUCCAAGCAGCUAGACUCAGUUGCCAGUGGAUGGCCACGCUGCCUCAAAGCAAUCGCGGCCACCACCCUCCAAAGACGCGGACAAGCUCACCCUAGGCCAAAGGUUAACUAUCGUGGCCCCACAUACACUGGAGAGUGUUAUCCGCCAACCCCCUGACCGAUGGCUGUCUAAUGCUAGGAUUACCCACUGUUAAAGUGUUCUUUUGGACAGAGACAGAAUAACUUUUGGAUCCCCCUCUGCCUUAAAUCCUGCCACCCUACUCCCGGAUGAGGCCUUAGGACCUGUAUACCUGCCAGGAGAUCCUAGUAGAAGAAACCGGAAUCCGCCAAGAUUUAAAGGACCAGCCCCUGCCCAACUCAGAGGUAACCUGGUUCACGGAUGGAAGCAGCUUUCUCCAGGAUGGUAAGAGACGAGCGGGGGCGGCGGUGGUGGACAAAUCCAAAGUUAUCUGGUCUUCUGGACUGCCGGAGGGAACAUCAGCCCAAAGAGCUGAGCUUAAAGCCCUCGCUAAAGCCCUAGAACUUGCAAAAGGAAGGCGGGCAACCAUCUACACCGAUAGCCGCUACGCCUUCACUACCGCACACAUUCAUGGAGCCAUUUAUCAACAGAGGGGCCUGCUCACCUCGGCGGGCAAAGAUAUUGAAAAUAAGAAAGAGAUCCUCAGAUUGCUAGCUGCCGUCAUGCUCCCCAAAGAACUAGCCAUAGUUCAUUGCGCUGGCCACCAGAAAGGAUCAGAUCCGGUGGCAACGGGUAACAGGCAGGCAGAUGAAGAGGCAAAAGCAAUUGCAUCAAAAGACUCAGGGGAAAUGUUCCUGGUAGCGAAGGAACGUCGGAAGCCCCUCCAAUCGGUGCCUGAACCCCUGCCGUCAGACAAAUUAAAAGCCCUAACCUACUUACAGCAGGUCCAUCAAGUCACUCACUUAGGAUCCAGAAAACUUCAGCAGCUCCUGCAAGAUCAGGAUAAAACUAUCCCAGCUUCAACGCGAAAAGAGCUGGCAGACCAAGUAAUAAAAAGGUGUCGGGCAUGUCAGAUUGUAAAUGCCUAUCCUUCUAAGGUACCAACAGGAAAAAGGCUAAGAGGAACCCGACCUGCACAAUUUUGGAAGGUUGACUUCACCGAAAUCAAACCUGCAAGGUAUGGACUCAGGUUAAAAGCCCUAGAAAAAGCCCAGAGAUUCCUGUGGCGACAACUUUCCACCUCUUAUCAGCUGGGGGACGAAGCAACCCCACACCAAUAUCAGGUGGGAGACUUCGUCUAUGUACGCCGCCACCAGGUACGAACUCUUGAACCUCGCUGGAAAGGACCAUUCCAGGUACUUUUGACUACCCCCACUGCGGUCAAGGUUGAUGGCAUUGCAUCUUGGAUCCAUGCGUCCCAUCUCAAGCCAGCCCUCCCACCUUCGGGCCUGCACUGGAAACUGGAAAAGACUGAUAAUCCUCUUAAAUUACGGGUCCGCCAUGUGGCUGGGAACCCUGCUCCCCCAGGGGAGCAGUGUUCCUAAUCCCCACCAGCCAUGGAGGUGGAUGAUUACCUGUUGGGAGGACAGCAAGCUUAUAAAAGCCUGGGAGGGAUCAGGGGAACCAGGUUUUACGGUCUACUCCUGUGACCUUGCUCCCGUAACACCCUGUCUUAAUCUGAUUCCUAUUUACAUGUGCCCCUCGUCCAACCCGGGAAAAGGAUAUUGUAAUAGUCCAGGACACUAUUAUUGUGCCUAUUGGGGCUGUGAAACAAUAGCCACAGCCUGGACACCCUCGUCCCGAGACCAAUACCUUCAACUACAGUGGGGCCCACAAGGUUGCACGCCCUUAGAUUAUUACAGGGGAAAAAAAGUAACUUGCCAAUACUUGAUCAUCAAUAUCACAAACCCAGAGGACCCCAAUUGGCUGGUCGGACGCACCUGGGGCCUCCGAUAUUGGGAGCAAGGGAUAGAUAGAGGAGGCCUAAUACUUGUCAAAAAGGAACCAAUAUCCCCAAGGACCGUAAACGUAGGUCCGAACCCCGAACUCAAGCCCGGUAAUCCUCAACCUUCUGCAAGACCUCGGCCCCUCAUACCCCUGGCCUCAACUGCAUCCGCAGGUGCCCAGAUCAAGGAGCAGAGGCGACCCCUGACCUCCACUGCUCCAACAGGCAGCCCUAUUCCAUCCCAUACCCCCACUGCUCCAGCCAUCCAAGCUCCUGACACUGACAAGUUAUAUAAUCUCAUUGUGGGAGCAUAUUCAGUCCUUAAUUACACUCAGGGUACACUGACCCAAUCCUGUUGGCUCUGUCUAACUGCCUCUCCACCUUAUUAUGAAGGAAAGCUGUUAAUGGGACCUACAAUAUAACUUCUAUCUCCUCAUGUGACUGGCAGAGGAAUCAUAAAUUAACCCUCCCAGAAGUGUCUGGCCAAGGGACGUGUCUGGGGCGACCUCCCAAUGAGGCCUACCAGGCACUGUGUUCACAAAUAAUCCAUGUGAAUUCCUCCACGAGUGCCCAAUACUUACUUCCACCCCAGGGGACCCAAUGGGCCUGUAAUACUGGCCUCACCCCUUGUGUCUCUACCCAAGUGUUUAACAAUUCAGCCCAUUUUUGUGUCAUGGUAAAAGUAUUUCCCCGGAUUUUAUAUCACCAAAGUGAUGAAUUUGAAAAGGAGAUAGAAGGAAAAACUAGAUUCCAAAGGGAACCUGUGUCGCUGACCCUGGCAGUUCUAAUGUGCCUGGGUGUUGAAACAGGAGUAAGGACAGGGACUGCAGCUAUAGUACAUGGAUCCCAACAGGUCUCAAAGUUACAGGCUGCCAUUGAUCAAGACUUGAAGGCCUUAGAAACAUCAGUAACCGCCCUACAUGAAUCUUUGACUUCCCUGUCAGAGGUAGUACUAUAGAACAGGCGUGGGCUAGACUUAUUGUUUAUGAAGGAAGGUGGCCUAUGUGGUGCCUUAAAGGAAGAAUGCUGCUUUUAUGCAGACCAUUCGGGAGUAGUCAAAGAGUCCAUGACCAAACUUAGGGAGCGCCUCCGGGAAAGAAAAAGAGAACGGGAGGCACAACAAGGAUGGUUUGAGUCUUGGUUCACUCAGUCCCCUUGGCUCACUACAUUGCUGUCUGCUUUGGCAGGACCAUUAAUUGUACUACUUUUAAUAAUAAC